GAGAUCCGCUCUCGCUCCGAAGAGCUCUCUCAGAGAAGACUGCCUGCAUCGUCCUCCGCGCUCGUACAAACGAUACACAGUGACUGUGGGUCACUCGUCGUCGAAGCUCCUUCGCCACACAGCCGUGCAAGCUCGACAGCACAAACUCGUACACCUCCACUAUGCAAGGGCAAAUCUGUUCGUGGAUGAACUUGAAUGACGACGUCAUCGGCUCGAUUGUAGCAGAGUUAACGACACAAUCCCUGCUUGCACUGUCCACAACAUGUAAUCGCUUGCGCGAGCACUGUCUUCGAGCCCUCUUCGGAGACUGCCAUAUAUCGUGUUAUGGAGCGGUCGAGCACGACUUCUUGCCGGACACGCUGUGGCGCUUUGUCAGAUCUCUGCGCCUCCACGAUGAGUGUCCCGACAUGCCGUCGGAAGUGGAUUUCAAGAGGUCGCGCCCAUCGGGAGGCAGAAUCCUCAAAUUCACAACGGAUCCGGUCGUUUGUGGCGUCUACAACGGACCUGCCCUACUACGCGCGUUGCGACAUAUGCCGGGACUGCAUACGAUCGUUCUCAGUCACCCAUACAAGACUGUCCACGGAAUACCGUGGUCAGUUCUACAGUUCAUCAUCUCCCUCCCGCAGCUCCGAGAGUUUUCGCUUCGCUUUCACCACUUCGCCCCCAAAACGCCACAGGAGGAUAUUCGGCUCGCCUGCCCCGCCCCGUUGACGUCUUUCGAGCAUACGCUAAACGACCGCCGACCACACAACACGUUCUAUACCCCGGGGGAGGGCGAAGAGCACGCUCUCUCCGUCGUUCUGAGUGGUGUCCACAAGACGAUACAGCGCCUAGCUCUCACGACCGAGAUCGCCCCUCUUCACGCUAUCUGUACUACCCUCGACUGGCCCGACCUCCGCGAACUGCGGCUCCGCGGUGAACCACGCACGGUCGGUGACCCUCCUCUGCCCUUCAUCGCGAUGUUCGCGCAUAUGCCUCGGCUGCACAUCCUCGACCUCAAGCUCGCUCAGCCUGCGGGAGCCCCGCGUCAGCCCAUCUGGCCCAUCGACUACCACACAACGUUCCCAUGGCCGGAUCUGCAACAGCUCACCAUAUCAUUCCCGGCCGAUGACGACCAGAUCUACGAGAACCUGCCGGUUACGCUGCGUAAGCUAACUCUGCAGUGCUUUCCCCAUAUCACGUCGAACUUCCAUAGGUCUGGGGCCGAGGGCGUGUCGGAACCUAUCCAUUCUUCCGACUUGCUGCGGAUCUUGCGCCGGUGCGAUCUGCCGCUUCUCCGCGGCCUCGAGCUGGAGUAUCGUGAAGACGAGGUGGACGAUGAGUUGUUACGCCACAUAGGCGUCGCCUUCCCUGCACUUAGACAACUGAAGGUGCGGAGGUAUCGCCACGCCGGCGUCGGCAUCGCUGAUGUGCAGACGGAGCAUAUCGCACGCACGCUUGGGAGUCUCCCGCAACUCUCAGACCUCUCGCUGUACUUGGACAACGUGGUUCCCCCGGAUACCCUCGUGAGGCAGACGUACGGAGGAUUCUAUCACGAUGAGAAGGACUUGCGCAAGUUUCAACAGGCCCUCGACAAGGUCGCAAACGCCGUCGCGCGCGGGCUCGGCGCUGCGACGGCUGUAGACUCCUUCGAACUGCUGUCACCACCUACAUUCAACGUCCUCGAGGCUCGUUGGCUGACGUACCGCGUCGAGCGGAGGCAGCAGCCGCUGCGAGCUAUGUGUGUUUCGGGCGUUUGAAUCAUUGCGCGCGUCCUUAGCAUGAUUCUGACCUCUUCGAUUUGUAGCAGCGACUCGGAACAUAGUUCUCUUCUAG